AUUUCCGACAGUUCCGACAGUUCCAUGACCUUAGAAGCCCAGAAAAAGAACCUGUGCUUAGCACUAGCACUCUGCUCUGUGUUUAUCAUGACGUGGUGUUUGUUCCAAAAUCAACGAGUGAUAGACAUGCUGCAAACAGGCAGGGAGGCUAAUUCCACACCUGUUGAAAGAACAAGAGGGUCUGAACUGCAGUCUACAGGAGUUAAGCAGAGACGACUGGAUGGAGGCUGGUAUAACUUCACCGUCGUGUCGGCCUUGAUUGACAUCGGCCGGGGAAACUGGACCAGGUUUACCCGGUCCUACGACGAUUACCUUAAGUUCUUUCAUCAAAUCCUGGGGUUAAAGGUUAAUCUGGUCUUGUUUGUUGACCGAAAGGCUAAGGCGGUAGCUGAGGAAAAAAGGAAGGGUAUGGAGGAUAGGACACGAAUUAUAGAAACCACGUUACAGGAUAUUCCUUACUACAAGUUGAGGCACCGUAUAGCGGAGAUUAUGAACAGUACCGAGUAUAAGAAGGACAACGAGUUAGUCAAGAUGCAACUGUGUGAGGCCUUCUCACCAGAGUAUGAUAUCAUUAACUGGGCCAAGUUGUACUUUGUCGACAGAACUGUCAACGAAAACCCAUUUAAGAACGAUUUCUUUAUUUGGCUGGAUGGUGGAUACGGACACGGUAAAUCGAUAUAUCCAGCAAAUCACGUCUGGAAACCGCGCGGACUGUUCGACCACGCUGAUAAGGUCACGUUCAUUGAGCUGAAGCCAGGUGUAGGGAAAUACGUCACUGUCAAGGACAAACUCCACAAGAUAUCAAUAGCUGUAAUGAUUGGUGGAUUCUUCGCCGGUGGAGCGGUGGCAAUGCAGGAUCUGUACAGGCUACAAAGGCUGCAGGUCAGUGAGUGGAUGGAACAAGGUAUAACAGACGAUGAUCAGACGAUCUACUUAACACUGUACUACAAGCACCCGUCCUUGUUUCGCUUAGUACGUGGCGGUUGGAAUGACGUCUUCAAACUUUUCAACGUGGGAGGAUCAUAG